UCUCCGGCGCAGCCCUAGUUUUUACGGGGGAAAAUGUAUCGCUUUGGUUCGCAGGCUCUCAUCGGAUUCGCUUUUAAUUCUCUUUUUUUCACUGUGCCAUUGGACGAUAUUCAAUUUAAGAGACAUUAUAGUAAAAACUGGUCGUGUAUUGGCUGAUUUUGGGUUUAUAUUGACUAUAUUCAUAAGCAGAAGAUGCCCAAGUCUAAGAAGAGAAACGGCAAGGGGGGACAGCAUGGAGCUGUCCAGCCAUUCAGCGAUGAGGACGCUUCCAUUGAGACACUCAGCCACUGCAGCAGCUUGAGUGACUCCACCAGCGUGGCAGAGGAAGGAGGAGAGGCUGAGGAUACUGCUCAGGAGGAUUUCCAGUACAAGCUGAAGGUUUACAUUGAUUGCACGGUUGAUAAAAGUGCUAAAACUAGGCAAGGUGCCCUUGAUGGAUUGAAGACUGCAAUGGCAACCAAAAUCCUAUAUGAAUUCCUUCUGGAGAGAAGAAUGACAGUCACAGACAGCAUUGAGCGCUGCUUGAAAAAAGGUAAAGGAGAGGAGCAGCGUGCAGCAGCCUCCCUAGCGUGCCUCCUGUGCAUCCAGUUAGGCUCAGGAAUUGAGAGUGAAGAAGUUUUCAAGACACUCAAACCCAUAUUUAAGACCAUCCUCAAUGAUGGAGCAGCAAACAUCCAGGCCAGACAGGCGUGUGCAACAAGUCUAGGCCUAUGCACUCUGGUUGCAGAAGAUGAUAUCUUGGACGUGUAUGCCACUAUGGAGUGCUUUGAGAGUCUCUUCACCCGCUCAUACGUGCGAGAGGAUGGCAGCAGGCCCUCUCUGAGCCCUCAGACUACUCAGCUCCACACCAACGCACUGCUGUCCUGGGCUCUGUUGCUCACCAUCUGCAGUGCCAGCCACAUCACAACAAUCAUCCACAAACAUCUGGCCAAGCUGCCACGGCUUCUGGAAAGUGAGGACGUCAACAUGCGAAUUGCAGCCGGAGAAACCAUCGCUCUACUGUUUGAGCUGGCCAGAGACGUCAACCCAGACUUUGACUGUGAGGACUGGGAGUUGCUGUGCAGCAAGCUGAAUGCUUUGGCCACUGACUGCAACAAGCACCGUGCUAAGACCGACAAGAGGAAGCAGCGAUCUGUCUUCAGGGACGUGCUGAAAGCUGUGGAGGAAGGAGACUUUCAGACAGAGACAAUCCGCUUUGGCACAGAGCGAAUGGUCAUUGACAGCUGGGUAAGGAAGAGGACCUAUGAUGCUUUCCGAGAGUUCGUGGGCUCAGGAAUGAACUACCAUCUACAGGCAAAUGAGUUCAUCAGGGAUGUGUUUGGCCUGGGACCACCUGUUCUUAUUGAUUCUGCUGCGCUAAAAGCAAUGAAGAGCUCCCGCCUUGAGAGGCAUCUGUACAAUGCUGCUGCAUUCAAGGCUCGAACCAAGGCCAGAAAUAAGUUUCGUGACAAGAGGGUGGAUGUGGGUGAAUUUUAGAUCCUUUCCCCCAACCCCCCCCCCCACUCCAUGAAUUAUUCCGUAACCCUGUGGUCCUUGUUUGGGUCCAAUGUGUUUUGUUCUGUCCAUGUAUAGAAUAUUAUUCCUAAGACAUGCAUUUUUAAUAUAUAUAUGUAUUUAUAUGGUGCACUAUGUAGACUGGGUGUUUAUUAUUUUUUUUUUUAUAACAUUUUUUUUUGUUUUUGUUUUUUUUGCUUUUCUGGACGUGUGUUCUGUAACAUUGAAGCUGCACUCAUACUGAAUCUAAAUGUAUGUCUCUGCUCUCCCCCAGUGGUAUAGUGUAGUGAUGAGAAAAUAAAGAUUAAACUCUCA